AUGUCUGCUUCUUCUCCGAGCAUCUUCCCAACUUUUGGGCAGAUUGUGCGGCGUUGCGUUGGCCUGCUACGAGCCAUCGACCUUGUGCACAGCUUUCGCUGCUACACAUCCUUGGUGCUUCUGGCUGACGUUCUGAGGCAUGGGGUCAACUACUUGGCCUUGCCGGGUAUGUUGGAGGCAUUGACGCGUCCCGCACGCAAAAUUGAGCAAGGUGAAGGCAUGGAGACGUUGGCUGCUACCACUGCAGCUGCGAUCGGUUUUCUCCUGACAGCGCUGAGCCAGGUGCUUGUUGGCCGAAUCACUGGAGGCCGCAGACUGACUUUGUCGAUGGUGCUGUGGGGAGCCUGGGGUGAGGUUGUUUGUCCAGCAGUGCUUUUUGCGCUUGUUUGCUUGGCAGACCUGGUGGCUGUUGUUGCUCCUUUGGAUGUCCAUUUUGUUUGCAUUGGUUGCCUCAUGCAGAGCCACUGGGAGCACAUUGAAAACCUGAUUCUUGCCUUCGCUUCGUUGGCCAAGCUCCUGGUUCGUAGUUAUCUUUGUCCAGAUCAAGGAGUGCGCACGUCCUCUGUCAAGGCCAUGGGGGCAGCAAUAGCCAUGGCGACCGAGACAGAGACAGAGUCGAACAGAAGGUGCGCUGCCUUGCAAACCCUCUACACUGCAGGACACAAAGUUGAAUUGGCUGCCACAAAAUUAGGACCCGGCUUUCCAGGCUUCCAGGCGUAUCAUACAUCGGUCAAAGUGGAUGACAUGGAGUACUCCUUCAGUGGCGAAGGGAUUGUGGUUCAACGUGGCUUGCCCAGCCACAUGCGAUUGCCAGACACACCAGAGGUGGUCUAUGUUGGUCUCACCAGCCUGUCUGGUGACGUCAUGCAGAAGCAUCUGACGGGAUUCUUCAAGAGAGGUUCCUACGACCUCUUGCGGAAGAACUGCAAUUCCUUUAGCGACUGCGCCCUCUACUUCCUUUUGGACAUGCGCCUGGAUCCAAGCUACAAAGGCCUUGAGCAGCUGGGCCACAUGGCAGAUCGGCAAGCAGGCAUUGUCCAAGCUGUUACAGAGGGCAACUACAGACCGAACCCAAAUGCGGACACAUUCAGUGUCGCUGCAACCAUUGAAGCAAUCAACAAACUGAAGGAUUCGCCAGCGUUUCGGUUUUCAUAAAGUUGUGCAAAGGACUGCAGUCCUUUAAAGAUGCCGAAUUUCGCCCCGGAUCUUGCCAGUUCCUUUGCCGCAUCAUUUCCCCUCGAAUGCAAGGGGGGAGUGGUGCAGGCCAGUGCUUGAAGGAAUGCGUCCAGCUGCUUCCUUCCGAUGUGUUUUCUUCUCGCAUUCUUCGGUCCUUCAGUGCGCCGUCCUGGCCGUAGCUGCAGCGGUACAGCGCUGAAAGCGCGUGCUCGAUGUGCAGCUUUUCAUUUGGCGCAUCCCACACAAGCUGAGAGCACCAAGCCUGCUUGACACCAAACAAACCCCACACCAUUCACACACACACAUACGAGCGCGUGGAC